AUCUUAGGUGGAGUGCAGAACAGGCGGAUGAUUAGGGAGCACCAAUAGCAGCACGGAGAGUGUUAAUAGUUCUGUAGAGGGUUGAUCAUCCAGAGUCUCUGUGCUGACAAUUUUCUACACAAUUGGAUGCGGAAAGGAAAUCUUCUCGAAAGGAUUAAAGAAAUUGUAUUAAUGAAAAACAUAUAAAAAUAAUUAGUCAACGGAAUUGAAUGGCAUCGACGAUUCCACCACCAACAUCCAGAGCUACCAGAUUCCUACUAUCUCGGAACAACAAGAAGCCUCUGGUGGAUAAAUGGAGCUCCAAAUCCAAUACCCAGAAAAAUGCUAGUUGUUCUCAUAGAAUCUCCCAUCUCCAUCCUCCUCACUUUCAUCCUCCUCGUUAUUCUCUUUCGCUUUGCCAUCGUGUUAUUCUUUCUAUUGCUCCUUUUCCUUCUCUGUUCCAACCUCGUUCACCUCCUUUUCGACAUCUUCUUCCUAUCUCCCUUAUGACUACUACCGCUCGCUCCGCUUCUUCUGACUCUGCUCAGCCUUCCUCUACCAAAACGGUAAGAGUUGUGAUAAAAGGGCGGGUUCAGGGUGUGUUCUAUCGGGACUGGACGGUGGAGAACGCCAAUCAAUUGGGUUUGAAAGGUUGGGUUCGGAAUCGGAGGGAUGGGUCUGUUGAGGCUCUGUUUUCUGGGAAUCCUGACGCGGUGCACGAUAUGGAAGAGAGGUGUCGCCGGGGUCCUCCAGCUGCAAUUGUUACUGGUCUCGAGGUUUCACGGAGCUCGGAUGAUCCUGGUACUGGAUUCCUGCGCAAAUCGACGGUUUGAUCAACCUACGGAAUAAUGCUAGUAUCCCAUUUUCUAUGUCUUAGCAUGUAUGCAUAGCGAUAUUCUCUACAUAGGUUAUCGUUCUAAAAAACCAUUUUCAUAAGAACAUUGUAAUCGGUGAAGAACAUGUGAUGUGCUGCCAACCCAUGCUUGCAAAGCGUUGAUAGGGGUGCUCAACCAUUGAAGCUACCCACUUCGUCUCGGUUGUAAUUGGUUAUAGUUUGGUUGAUGAGUAUGUUUCAUAUUUACCGAAAGAAACUGGAUGAAUUGGAGACAACACUUUAAUUAUGACUUGUCACUAUCUUCCUCAGCUUAGUAAUAGUUAUUUGUAGUAUUGAUAUUUA